AUGCGGUAUUGUAUCGCUGCGUUGUCACUCGUUUCCCCAGCGCUGGCGCUGCCAACACUAUCUUUGCUGAACGGUGGGUUGUUUGGUGGACAUCAUCUGCUUGGUGAUAUCUUCUCGCAUGGCCACAGCCAGAACGGUGGCCCUGAUUCUCACGCUGGAGCACCAGCAUACAAUGAUGGCCCUGGUCCUUAUGGCAGUGACCCUAGUCCAACUAAUGGCGAUGCAUCCAACUACGAUAGCGGAUCCGCCUAUGCCAGCCAAGGAUCAUACGGCGGUGCCGCUCCUCAAGGAAGUGGUACAUCUUCUUCUGCAGUCGAUGCAGUUUCUGCUAGCACAGGAACACCCAACAAUGUCAAUUUUCCCUCUUAUGGAUACGGAGCCGCAUCUUCGAGUGUCGCAUACACCACUACAGCUUCAAGCAUCUCAGCGACAAUCAGCACUCCUGCAGCUUUGUCGAGCGAGGCUUCCUCGUCUGGUAGCGAGCAAACUUGCGAAAGUCCCGAUGUCAUCGGCUGCGAAACAGUAUCCGACUCUUCUGCAUCUGAAGUUGCGGCAGAAAGUGUCGGUGUCUACGACUUCAUCAUUGUCGGUGGAGGUACCGCUGGUCUGGUGAUCGCAAAUCGACUGUCAGAACUUUCAGACACAUCUGUCGCAGUCAUUGAAGCUGGUGAUCUGGUAUUCGACAACAAAAACGUGACUACCGUGGACGGUUAUGGCUUGUCUUUUGGAACACCAAUUGAUUGGCAAUACGAAAGCACACCCCAAGCCUAUGCUGGAAACAAGAGCCAGACAUUGCGAGCUGGCAAAGCUCUUGGUGGAACAAGCACGAUCAAUGGUGAGUCUAUCAAUACGUAUAGCUGA